AUGCUCAAAGAGCGAGGCAUCGUCGUUGCCUCCGCGUCAAACGUAAGGACAUGCGGCGGCGGGCAGCACGGCUGUGGGCGGCAUGGCAGUGGACAGCGAGCAGCAGCACGGGGCGGCGCAUGGGCAGCAGCGGGCCAGCAGGGGGCAGCAGCUGGCGGUGCGUGGGCUGCAGCGCAGGUGGCGGCGCGGGAAGUAGUUCCGCAGGUCAGGCUGCAGCGCAGGUGGCAGGAUGGCAGCAUAGACGGCAGCGUGGAAGCGCUGCGCAAGCAGUAG